AUGCCUCUUUCACAAGACAGCCACCCUGCCACCAAGGCACUGCAUGCCGACGAUCGGCUCAACUUGGUGACAGACGUCGCACCUCCAAUCCAUCUAUCGACCACAUUUCGAUACUCCAAUGACCCUGACCAAUUGAUUCCGUCCGAGGAUCCCAUCGCGGAAUUCGACGGCAAGAACUACGUCUACUCACGGGAGUUUGCCCCCAACGCAACCCGCUUCGAGGCAAUUCUCUCCACCUUACUUGGUAGCCACGCUGUCAGCUAUGCCACAGGCCUAGCUGCGCUACACGCAGCCCUGGUGCUGCUGAACCCCCGGCGCAUCUCCGUUGGCGAAGGCUACCACGGCAGCCACGAAGUCAUCGGUGUACUCGCUCGGCUCACAGGACUCAAGAAGCUCCCCCUGGACUGCCCCGCCGAAGACCUCGACCAAGGCGAUGUGAUCCUCCUCGAGACACCGGUCAACCCACUCGGCACCGCGUUCAGCAUCGAAGCGUACGCGCAAAAGGCUCACUCCCGCGAAGCCUACCUCAUCGUCGACAGCACCUUUGCUCCGCCGGGUUUGCAGGAUCCCUUCCUCUGGGGCGCGGAUAUCGUGCUGCACUCCGGCUCCAAGUAUUUCGGCGGUCAUAGCGAUAUGCUCUGCGGUGUGCUGGGUGUCAAGCGUGCAGAGUGGCAUCGCCAGCUGCUAGAGGAUAGGGUCGCGCUCGGCCAUGUCAUGGGGAACCUGGAGAGUUGGUUAGGUGUGCGUAGUCUGCGUACGCUGGAAGUUAGGGUGCAGAGGGCGAGUCAGAACUCCGCCAAGUUGAUUGCUUGGCUGAAUGGCGCGUUGACGGCAACGGACCCGGCACCGGGGAGUGAGGAGGAGAUUGUGCAAAGGGUGCUGGUGAAGAUUUACCAUGCCAGUUUGCAGGAUGAGGAGUGGUUGAAGAGGCAGAUGCCGAAUGGGUUCGGGCCUGUGUUUGCGAUUGUCAUGAGGGAUGAGAAGCUAGCGAAGACAUUGCCCAGUAAACUCGCUCUGUUCCAGCAUGCGACAAGCUUGGGCGGUGUUGAGUCGUUGAUUGAGUGGCGGGCGUUGUCGGAUUCCAGGGUGGACCGAAAGUUGCUGAGGAUCAGUGUUGGGCUGGAGGAUUGGCAGGACCUGAAGAUGGACUUGUUGUCUGCUUUCAAGGCUCUCCUUGAGGUUUAG